CACGUUUUGUGUAUGCGUAGCUUUAGUAGGUGCUUCUGUGUCGGUUCUCUUCUGCUGGAAGUGAUCACGUGCUCUCAACUUGACAUCAACAUAAGAAUUAAUUAUUAUAACAGUGGUGACUCCUCUCAGUGUCUGGCUGAGAUCCCUAGCUUGUCGGUGACACACUGUCAGCCCUGGCUACUCUAUCUCAAAUGGCGAGGAGUGACCACUAGAAACCUCGAUAACGUCACAGACACGGGAAAGGAAGCGCGUGGCUAGCAAUGUAAUGGCCUGGGAGGUGACACCUAUGAUACCAUGUGGUCAGCAUAGCAAGGAUCUACUGUAACAGCUAUCAGGACCUAUUGAACUCAGUACUGUGGACCACACGUGUCCGCCUCACACAGCUCAAGACGACAACAUCGAACCACACAACGUAGCUUGUCGGAUACUCAGUUCCAGCAGUAUUGAAACUGACAACUUUGAAAGUGGCUGUUGUCCUGUGUGCACGUAGCUGGCGUUGCUGCUGCACCUUUGUUGGUGUUGACAUUUCACACGGAAAUACUGUCUGCGUUUCCCCACGCCACGAGGAGCGAGUCUACCAUGUAGGCAGUAGCUGUCACAAGUAUCAGGCAGCGGGGAGGGAGGUAGCGCCUCUAACGAUUUAGAAGCGUGCACGGAAAAACAUGAGAGGGUUGAAGCGAUGAAGGAAAAAUCAAAGAAUGCAGCACGCACGCGGCGCGAGAAGGAGAAUGCGGAGUUUUACGAGUUGGCCAAGAUGUUGCCACUCCCGUCCGCCAUCACUAGCCAGCUGGACAAGGCGUCCAUCAUCAGACUGUCCACAAGCUACCUGAAGAUGAGGACGGUGUUCCCAGAUGGGCUUGGGGAUGCCUGGGGCAUGCGGUCGCCCCCUCACCGGACAGCACUGGAGAAGGAGCUUGGAUCCCAUCUCCUUCAGACGCUGGAUGGGUUCAUAUUUGUGGUGGCGCCGGACGGAAAGAUCAUGUACAUUUCGGAGACGGCAUCGGUGCACCUCGGACUCUCCCAGGUAGAACUGACGGGCAACAGUAUAUAUGAAUACAUUCACCCUGCGGACCAUGAUGAGAUGACUGCCCUCCUUACCGUCCACCACCCGUACCACACACAUAUACUGCAAGAUAUUGAAGUGGAGAGGUCAUUCUUUUUGAGGAUGAAAUGUGUUCUUGCCAAGAGAAACGCUGGUCUCACAUCAGGUGGCUAUAAGGUGAUACAUUGCAGCGGCUACUUGAAGAUCAAACAGUACACGAUGGACAUCGCCCCGUAUGAUGGUUGUUACCAGAACGUGGGACUUGUGGCUGUCGGACAUUCCUUGCCACCGAGCGCUGUCACUGAAAUCAAAAUGUUCAACAACAUGUUUAUGUUCAGGGCCAGUCUUGACCUCAAACUCAUCUUUCUAGAUGCUAGAGUUGCUGCUCUAACUGGAUAUGAACCUCAAGACCUCAUAGAGAAGACGCUGUAUCACUACAUACACGCAUGUGACAUUCUACAUAUGAGAUAUGCUCACCACACCCUGUUGCUAAAGGGUCAAGUGACUACCAAGUACUACAGGUUUCUGGCCAAGGAUGGCGGCUGGGUGUGGAUGCAGAGUUACGCCACUAUUGUGCACAACAGCCGCUCCUCCCGACCACACUGCAUAGUCAGCGUCAACUACGUCCUCAGCGACGUUGUUGCCAAAGAUUGGCAAAUACAGUUGGAACAAACUUUGUCCACAAAAGAGGUGUCUCCGUAUUCUGCCAUCACCGAUCGAUCACGCAGCAAAGUGCGUCCCUCACGCAAGUCUCGCCGAUCUCCUUAUCCUCAAGUUACCGAGACGCAAGAUUUCUCUUCUGACUACCCAGAAAGAACGUUUGAUUUCGCACCAGAUGCUUCCGUCCCAGUGCAGAACUACCCCGGAGUGAUGUACCAACACCCCCAUGAAGGUGUGGACCGCUAUAGUGCACUUUACACAGCUCCAUAUGCACACCCUAGUAUGACCGUGUAUAGAGAUGCGGCCUGUGUUUACCCGUAUCAGACUCAUCAACGGUACAUAGACGAGCGCAAUCCUUAUCGGGGUUAUGAGGAAAGAUACUAUCCUGCUAGAGACCCUGCUAACUAUCCAGGUUAUCUUUCGUCCACCCCGUCAUCCAUGCAGACAAUGUCACGGUUGACGCAUAACGAGUCAAGCCGAGAUAGCUCGCAAAGCACUGGACAACAAACGACUCAAUCGCAGUCUCAGCAGUUUGAUUACCGUUCUCCUGGACACGGCUCCAGAAGCAGUUCAAGAGACGCUACAUUCAACCAGUCAGCCGCUCACUACACAGCUCCGUACAGCAAUAGGUCCGAAUCAUCAGCAUCAGAAGUUGAUGUGGGGAGUGAAGAAUAUGAAAAACGCCAUUCGAGUUCACAGUCUCAUCGAACAGAUCGACCUAACAGCUCCAAGUUUGACUCCUUGAUGGAUACCACGAAUCAGAUUGUGAAAGAAGAGUCAUACAAACCUCAGGAUCAGUCCAAUGGUCCUUUGCAAACAUUAUCACCCCCUCAGAGAGAGUCUGUGCAGCAAUCAGUUAUCAUUCGCAGAUCUUCAAAUCAACCUUACUCCUCUAGUGAGGUGCGUACAAAUGCAAACUCGAGUGAUACCUACAAUAAUACGUCCUACAAGUCUCACACUUCCGGUACCGGGGCGAUGCAAUCUAAACGUUCUACUUCCGGAGCGGAAAGCACUCAAUCAAAUCUGUUGAACAGUUCUACUACAACUGAUUCUCCUUCCGGGGAUAAGCUAUUGAAUAUGAGGUUAUUACAGGAUAAGUCUAUAACCGCCCCGGACUACACUCACUGUUUGAAAGCGGCUGCAUGUAGCUAUGAUAAUUACACUCAAGCCAGUAUGUAUCAAAGUGCUCAGAGACCGUACCCGGUUGUGCCCCAGGCUGGGUACACCAGUGUUAUUGUAGAACCACAACAGUACCAUAUGGCCAAUGGAUAUGUGCAUUGAUGACUCACCGAGGUGAUCGCACCAGCGUUCCCUUCGGGCUUCCUAUUCAGUAUUUAAGGCACUAGAAGGCUCACGUAAAAGCAAACUUGCAAUUAUUUCAUGAUUCAGGGAAUAUGUCUAUAAGCAGAGACUUAUCUGAAUGUGAUUAUCGUACUGUAUUAUGUAUUUGACUGACAUUGCACACAGCUACAAUCAUAGGACAUACAUAUACAGCAAACACAGCGUAUGUCUCAUUAAUGCUCCAUCACCAGUAAUUCAUGGGCAGCCAACUAUCAGCAGUAAACGGAAACGUAAAAUCUCAACUUGAAAAGGUGCUAUGACUUCAUAGUAUGUGCUUAAUAUCACACGUAGAAACCUUUCUAUAUGAAGUUAACAUAUAUUCAACUUAAGUUAUUUGGUGCCUUGUUUUUGACAAUUGGUUGACACGUUAGAUGUACGUGCAGGUGUAGACGAUGCGGAUGUGCCUGUGAGUGUCGUUACAUAUGAACCGUCUCUGAUAUUUCUCAUCAAUGUUCUUUAUUCAUUUGCAUAAUGUCAGAAACAUUGUCUGAUCUUUGUCAUGUUUGAAUACAAUUGUAAACAUGUGUCCCAUUAAAAACCUCUAGGUUUUUUGUCAAAUAAAUAUGUGUUAUUGUUGA